AUGUUGCUCUCGCUCAACACAUUGCUUCCUCUGGGUGCGAUCCUCGCAGAGAUUGCAUCCGCCUCCAGAUGUUCGCCAGCCGUGAUCGAAAAACCAGACUUGCUUGGAGCUUCGAUAAUCAAUGUUGAUGCCCAGGAAGCCCAUAACUACUCCGCCGUCAGCAUUGGCCCUGGAAGUAACGAGGGUGGCCGGUAUACCAUCAGUUUCUGCAACGUCACUGUUACCUACACCCACCCUGGCUGGAACGACACGGUUCAUACCCAAGUUUGGCUUCCGCUCAAGGGGUGGAAUGGCAGGUUCCAAGCCCUAGGUGGUGGAGGCUACAGCACUGGAUUUGGUUCCACCUAUCUCACAUAUUCAGUCGCAACCGGAUUUGCAUCUGCCUCUACCGAUGGAGGUCUUCCUGCUGGCAAUGGGAAAGACGCUAUUCCUACAGACCUUUCAUGGGCUCUCUCCAGUGAAAAUAAUGUCAAUUGGCUUCUAUUGGAGAACUACGCCUCCACGGCAACAAACGAUAUGGCCUUGAUCGGACAACAAAUCACCGAAUCUUACUACAAAAAGGCCCCGAAGUAUUCCUAUUUCGCUGGAUGCUCGGGUGGUGGACGGCAAGGACUUUUGAUGGCACAGAAGUACCCGGACGUCUUUGAUGGAAUCCUGGCCAUCUCUCCUGCUGUCAACAUCGAAGCCUUCAUUCCUGCAGGCCUGUGGCCAUCGCAGCUCAUGGAUGAAGACGAACAUUACCCAUCGCCAUGUGAGAUUGAGGCUUUCACCCAGGCAGCCGUUGCAGCAUGUGACCGUCUUGAUGGAGUUGAAGAUGGCAUUAUUAGCGAUCCAGAUCGAUGCCACAUUACUGCCUACGACCUGGUCGGAAAGAAAUACACUUGCAACGGAAUCCAACGCAAAUUCACUUCCUCCAGUGCAAAGAUAAUCCAAGCUGCUUGGUCGGGCUCCCGCUCUGUUUCCAAGAACUAUGGCUGGUCUGGGGUCAACAAAGACGCCACCAUUGGAACUUACUAUGUUCCCACUGAAUGCUCUACGAAUAGUACAUGCCACGCAAGCGAUAGCGCUCUGUUUGGUAGCUGGUUCAAGUAUCUUGUUGCCAAGGACUCGAACUUCCUGAGCAACAAUAUGACUCGAAAUGAAUUCUUCGAAGCCUUGCAUUCUUCAGUCGUUGAUUACUCGUCAAUGCUUGCCACGAAUGACCCUGAUCUAUCCCAGUUCCGGGCUAAUGGUGGCAAGAUGAUCACUUGGCAUGGACUGGCAGACGAAGCUAUCCCACCGAAUGGAACCAUCGCAUACUACGAGGAAGUGCUCAAGAGUGAUCCCAAAGCUCAUGACUUCUAUCGAUUCUUUGAAGCCCCUGGUGUUGGUCACUGCUAUGGUGGACUUGGACCUAUUCCAAACGGUGCAAUGUCCCAGCUCAUGGAAUGGGUUGAAAAAGAUCAUACUCCUGUUACUUUGCAUGCCACCAAAGGUAGCAACAACACAGCUCGCGAUCUUUGCCCUUAUCCUCUUCGCCAAAAGUUCAUUGGAGGAGAUUCCAGAAAUGCGACUUCCUUUACCUGUGCUAAAUAG